AUGGAAAGAUACUCUUUUCCAGAUCUUGCUCCAGAAGAUAUAUAUACACAACUAAAAGAUUCCCUUGGCAUCACAAUUUCAUCUCUAGAAGAAAUUCUUCGGCCAAGCCCAAACGCAAUCAAAAUCAUUUACAUUCAACUGCUUCAAAUAGUCUUCCACAAGCAAAGGGAUGAUUUUCUACUCAUAAAAUCAUGCAAUCCAAAGCUAAACAAGAGCGUAGAACUUCAUGAUAACGCAAUUUCCUAUCUAAAUCUCUACAAGCAUCUCACAAGAGUCUUAUCACAAAUAGGCUGCAAAGCAGAUCCCUUAAGAAUAACUGAUUUAACUACCCCUGACCCCAGAAGGACAGUAAGGUUUUUAUCAGCUUUUAUAAACUUUAUUAGGUUCAUGAUUGAAGAGCAAGAACUUAUUUUUGUGCAAAACCCUGAAACAACACUAUCGAGAGUAGCUGCUGAAGAAUGCAAUAAAACUAAAGAGGAAUACGAGAGAAAAUAUGCUGAAGUACAAAUGCUCAAGAAACAAAACCAAGAAAAGUUCCCGAUAAUAGAGCAGAAAAAAGUGAAAAUCGAUCAGUUGGGAAGAGAAAAAGAAAAAAUUGAAAAUGAGAGGAAAAAAAUUGAAAAAGAAGUUAAAGUUUUAGAAGCGGAAGCGGCUGGGCUAAAUGAAGCAAUGUUUUAUCUUACUCCCCCCCCUCCGUGAGUGAACAAAACCAUUAGAAAAAUCGCUAUUUUUUGCCCAAAAAUCCACCCUCCGUGAGUGAACAAAAAUUGUUUUAAUAGAAAAAAAUUUUGAUAUAAAAAUGAUAAUUAGUAUAAGAAAUCUCGAGCUAAUUCUGUUUAAUUUUAAAUAAAUUGCUUUUUAAAACAUAAAUUUUUUAUAAAUUAAAUUAAUAUUUGCUUUCUAAUUUUUGCGAAUUAGGAUUUUUUUAAAUUUUCGAAAAAAAAAUAUUUUUUUUUUAUGAAAUUUAUAUAUAAUUUUUUUAAAAAAAAUUAUUAACCCCCCUUGUUCACUCCCGGAGGUUGGGGAGUUAUAAUUCUGAUACGGAGAUAAAUCAAGAAUACUCUAAAUUUAGAAGCGAAAACGAAGGAAAUUGUGAUGAAGAAGUUAUGGAAAAAAUAAAAUAUAUGGAAAAAGUUAUAAAUAUUGUAAAAGAAGCAAAAUUACUUGUAGAAAAUUGUGAAGAUGUAAAGAAAAAAUGUGGCGAGCUUGAAAAUCAAGUUUCUGUGCAGAAAAAGCAGGCCAAAGAUCUUGAAGAGUCUAUUGCUUUGAUAAAAAUGGAUUUGCCAUCUUUUGAUAAUAUCGAAAGUCUCGCCAGUGAUGCUAGCUUACUAAGGCUGGGAGACUUAAUAAAAGAAAAGCAAACAGAGAAAACUUAUCUUUUGCAGGAAAAAGAAAAUUUGGAGCAGGAAUUAGUUGACAAGCGAGACCAACUCUCAUCAUUAAAAGACCAAUUUAGCUCGAAGAAAGCUAAAUAUCAAGAAGAAAUAAAAAUUUUAGAAACAGAGCAUUCGAAGAUAAUAAAGAAAGCUGAAGAAUAUAAAGAAAAAGUCGUUAGCAUGAUUAAAAAAUCCCAAGUAGAGCUUGAGAAUAAAGAAAAUUAUUCAUAUAGUAAAUAA